AUGCUAUUAUUAUCUUAGCGCUAAUCAACUUAAUUAGAGGAAUUAGAAACCUUAAAGGCAUCCAUUUUAGGUCAAUAAUCCUCACGUUCUAGAAACCUUUCGAAUGAAAGGCCACAAACCUAUUAGAGAUAAUUACAGUUUUCUAUAGAAAAUCCAAGACACAGGAAUAAAGCACAAUCAUUUUCCGUUGAAAAACAAGUAAGGAAUGAAAAAUAUUCUAUAAGUUGAACUUAAGUUCGCAGAACCAAAAGGUGGAAAAUUUAAUUACGACUUGGCAGCAUCAAAAAAAUUCAUCAUCUUUGCAUUCAAGUUCAAAUGUAGUUGCACCAUGUAAGUUAAUUAAUGACGUGCGUUCAGCCUAGUAAUUGGAUAUCCAAAACAAGGAUUCCAACAAACCUCAUAUCAUCAUAGAGGAGGACGUCCUGUUUACUGAAGAAACAGAACCAUUUGUUUAAAACAAUAAAUCCAAGCAGGUCAAGACUCCUAUGCAUCUUAUUGCCCCUACCAAGAGUAACAAAGAUCAAUGUAUUAAAUUUUUAAUGAAGAAAGCCAAGAAGUGAAGAAACAUAACAAGGGAAAGAAAUAAAAUAAUUAUAAUUUCCAAAGACCGUAAACAACAAAAAUCAAUGCAGGAAGUUAUGCGAAAUCUUCACCUCUUGUUUUUAAAGAACAGUCUCUACAGAACCCUAUGAAAAUAUCACAAAUUGAUUAAACCAAACUCAACAAUCAAUAGAAUGGAGCAAAUAAUUAGAACAAUAAGAGUAAGCAAUAUUCUUCAAAAUUAAUCAAAAAGAGCAGCAUCAGUAUCCAUGAAGAAAAUCAAUAGGAAAUUUAAUUCAUCCCAGAGUUAGUAAGAUUAAAAGAGUAGAUUUUAUCAACAUACUUAAAAUAAAAUCGAGCUCUUAUAGGUUCUUAAAAUUAAAUCGUUAAGUAUUUGAGUCUAAUAAAAUUAGAAAUUUUGAUGAAAUUCUCUCAAUUUUAAAGCAGGAUUUCCCCAAGUGA